CACACACACUCACUCCCCAGGAUCUAGAGACUACAGUCCACACACACACACACACACACUCACUCCCCAGGAUCUAGAGACUACAGUCCCCAUCGGUCUCCACCCGCGCCCUGUUGGGAAUCGCCUUUCGGAGGAGCUGGGAAGGCAUUGUGGUUCCGCAAACAGCCACGUUUCAUGGAGCUAGGAGAGACUUCUGCGUCCCCGAUGGAGCGAAAUCCCAUCCUCCAGAACGUAGAUCCAGAGCGCCGAGUAAUUCAAAGGCCGAAGUCUCAAGAGGAAGAGCAGAAGGAGGCCAUUUCCAGCCUGGAUAACUCUGACCCAUUAGGCGUACGCGAGAAACUGUUCAGCAAAUCCAAUUCCCACACUCCGAAGGAGGGAGAGAAUUUGGAAAACAAGCCGAAAAAGGAAGAACAGGCAAGGAAAAACAUGACUCAGCCCCUUCACAGUGGAGCAGGCGAUGUAAACAAUGCACCCAAAGGCAAGAGGAAACUUGUCUGCAGCCGUUGCAAAAAAAGCUUCAGAAGUACCUCCUACCUUAUUGCUCACGAGAGAAUCCACACCAGAGCGAAACCGUGUAAGUGCCAUCGUUGCGGGAAAAGCUUUGGCAAGAAAUCGACUCUGGUUGCUCAUCGGAGAAUCCACUUGGAGGAGAGACCGUACAGAUGCCGCGUGUGCGGGGAAAGCUUUCGGCAGAUUUCAAGCCGCGUCACCCACGAGUGGAUCCAUACCGAAGGAAAAUUCAACGCCUGCCCGGAGUGCGGGAGGAACUUCCGUCUGAAAUCGAGCUUGGUUUCCCACCAAAGAAUCCACAUGGGAGGGAAACCUUACGCGUGCUCGGCCUGCGGGAAACGUUUUAGCCAGAGCUCUAACCUCAUUGCCCAUGAGAGAAUCCACACGGGGGAAAAACCCUACCCGUGCCCUCACUGUGGGAGAGGUUUCGCCUGCAGCUCCAGCCUCGUCCGGCAUCAGAGGAUCCACGCGGGAGACAAACCGUACGGAUGCACGGCCUGCGGGAAAACCUUCCGCUGCAAUUUGAGCCUCAGCAGGCACUGGCGCACCCACACGGGGAAGAAACCCCACCAAUCCCCCGAUUGUGGGAAAACCUUCAGCGUGAGCUCCCAACUCGGCAUGCAUCGGAGGACCCACACGAGAGAGAAACCCUACGAAUGCUCAGAGUGCGGGAAAAGGUUCGGUGUGGCAUCGAGCCUUAAUGCCCACCAGGGAACGCACGGAGGUACAGAGCCUUAUAAAUGUUCUGAGUGUCCCAAAAGCGUUUAUUUGGGGUCGAGUCUCGCAGCUCACAAGAAAGAGCAUGGAGAAAAGGCAUUUGACUCCAUAGAGUGUGGCAAAACCUUCACCGGCAGCUCCGGGCUCAUCUGCCACCCGAGAAUUCACACAGGGGAGAAACCCUUCCGUUGUGCCGACUGCAGGAAAGGCUUCAUCUUGAGCUCCAACCUUGUUGCCCACCAGCGAACGCACAUGGGAGAAAAGCCGUACCAGUGCUCGGAAUGUGGCAAAUCCUUCAGCGUGAGCUCGAAGCUCGACAUCCAUCAGAGGAUCCACACGGGGGGGAAACCGUAUGUGUGUCCCCAUUGCAGCAAGAGCUUCACCUGCAACUCCGCCCUUAUCCGGCACCUGAGGAUCCACACCGGAGAGAAACCCUAUCAGUGCUCGGAGUGUGGGAAAAGGUUCAAUCUGAAUUCGAAUCUAGUCGUCCAUCAAAAGACCCACGCAGGAGGGAAGCCCUAUAAAUGCAUUUAUUGUGGAGAAAGUUUCUAUACAAGGCCACAUUUUGUAGAGCAUCAUAAAGCCAGACAUUUGGAUGUUCUAAAUACGAAAACAGCCGAAAGCAACGUUAAUUCCAAAUCCAUUAAUUACCAAAUAAACUAUGUGGGAUGGGGUUGAUUAAAUUGAGGAGGAGGAGCCUGAAUCCACCGGAAAACUUUACAUCAGAGGUCUCCAAACUUGGCAACUUUAAGACUUGUGGACUUCAACUCCCAGAAUUCAGAAUUCUGAGAAUUGAAGUCCACAAGUCUUCAAAGUUGUCAAAUUUGAAGCCCCCUGCUUUUACACGAAGUGUUUUGCAAUAUUCCGUUGCUUGCACCCCUAAGCCUUAUAUUUGGACCGUGCUAGCCAUUUAUUGGAUGUUUAGGGAUCCUAAAAGUCCACCCUUCUUUGGGUUCUGCACCUAUAUUUUUAGAGAAACAAUUUCAAGGGAGGUAGAAAGUGCAAGGGAAAAAAAAAUCUUUUUUGCUUAUCCACAUUGCACCUUCAAGUAGCAAAGCUCCAAAGUUGUAAAAAUGGGACUAAUUCGAUAAAAAUCAGAACUACUUUUUUUUUAAAAGGGAGAGAAACUAUGGACUUGUUUUUUUAUACAGAAGAACCGUUUGUGAUGCCCAGAAACAUUGUUUAUUUCAAUGCCUGGCUUUUAAAAAAAAAAAAAAAGUCACAACAGGAAGAGGAAUUCUGCUGGUUGUGAGGAAUUCUGGGAAUCGGAAGUUCCACCCAUCUUAAAGUUGCCAAGUUUAAAAAAAAACAACACUGAUCCAUAAUGUCAUGAUCUAGGGAGGGCCUGGUUGUUGGAGGGAGUGUCUGCCCACCCCAUACCUUUUACUCCCAAUGGUAAGAUGGGCAGUGUAUACAUUUAAUAAAUAAAUAAAAAUAAUCCAGCAGAAUCAGGUUCCACAAAUUAAGCAAUGGCCUCUAAUGAGACCCAAGAAACCAGCUGUCAAGAUAUUCUCCCUAAGAAUCCAUAUGGCACCCAUCCUGGCUUGGGGAAUUCUGGAAGUUGAAAUGUCCACACAUCUGAGAUUGAGAAACACUGAUUUAAAUAAAUCCUUAAAACCUGGCUGCUUCUAGAAUGUUGUGAAU